AUGGAUGGAACGAAUCACUCUGUGGUGUCAGAGUUUGUGUUCCUGGGACUCACCGAUUCCUGGGAGAUCCAACUUCUCCUCUUUGUGUUCUCCUCCACGUUUUAUGUGGCAAGCAUGAUGGGAAACUCCCUCAUUAUGCUCACUGUGACCUCUGACCCUCACUUACACUCCCCCAUGUACUUUCUGCUGGCCAACCUCUCCUUCAUUGACCUGGGAGUCUCUUCUGUCACUUCUCCCAAGAUGAUUUAUGAUCUUUUUAGAAAGCGUAAGGUCAUCUCCUUUGGUGGCUGCAUCGCUCAAAUCUUCUUUAUCCACGUCAUUGGUGGUGUGGAGAUGGUGCUGCUCAUCGCCAUGGCCUUUGACAGAUAUGUUGCCAUAUGUAAGCCUCUCCACUAUCUGACCAUCAUGAGCCCAAGAAUGUGCCUCUUCUUUUUAGUGGCUGCCUGGAUGACUGGCCUCAUCCACUCCAUGGUUCAACUGGCGUUUGUGGUAAACUUACCCUUCUGUGGUCCUAAUGUGUUGGACAGCUUUUACUGUGACCUUCCUCGGUUCAUCAAACUUGCCUGCACGGACACCGACCGACUAGAGUUUAUGGUCACAGCCAACAGUGGAUUCAUCUCUGUUGGCUCCUUCCUCAUACUGAUCAUUUCCUACAUCAUCAUCAUUCUCACUGUUCAGAAACACUCUUCAGCUGGUUCAUCCAAGGCUCUGUCCACACUGUCAGCUCACAUCACUGUGGUAUUCUUGUUCUUUGGUCCUUUGAUUUUUUUUUAUACAUGGCCAUCUCCCUCCAUACACCUGGAUAAGUUUCUGGCCAUCUUUGAUGCUAUUCUCACUCCUUUCCUAAAUCCAGUCAUCUAUACAUUCAGGAACCAAGAGAUGCAGGUGGCAAUGAGGAGAGUAUGCAGACAGCUAGUGAAUUACAGGAAGAUCUCUUAA